CUCCCUCUCCCUUUUUUCGUGUACACGCGGGCUAGUGGACACGCGCUAUGUGAGGGAGGCUUUCUAAAAUAAUGCCCGUUUAGGAAAACGGUUUCUGUCCGAGGAGCUACCAGAUGAAAAGGUGAUGAGAGUAAGAGCAAUUCUUGUGUGUUACACUGAGCGGUUGCUUAUUGCCCACGGCCCAGUCCGGGGAUUUUUGGCGCAGUCAGCGAUGCGGCUUCCAACAGGCAUCAAUUUGAGACAGCUGCCGAGUGAAGCCCCUUUAACGUGACGCGCGGGAGAAGAAAGGACCUCCCCUGUUUUGGAGACGUCAUUGUGAGGCGACUGAGAUCUCGGAAGAGGCGGAAGAGCUCAGAGAAGACACCGGCAAGAGUCUUGAAAAACAUCUGUUUUCUGCCUGCUGAGGAGAUGCCCAAGGUGAAGAGGAGUAGAAAACCUCCUCCAGAUGGUUGGGAAUUGAUUGAACCAACCUUAGAUGAGCUAGAUCAAAAAAUGAGAGAAGCUGAGACUGAACCACAUGAAGGGAAGAGGAAAGUGGAAUCUCUCUGGCCCAUCUUCAGAAUUCAUCAUCAGAAAACACGUUACAUUUUUGAUCUCUUCUAUAAGAGAAAAGCCAUUAGCAGAGAGUUGUACGAGUAUUGCAUUAAAGAAGGCUAUGCAGACAAAAACUUAAUUGCAAAGUGGAAGAAACAAGGUUAUGAAAACCUCUGCUGUUUGCGCUGCAUCCAGACCCGGGAUACCAACUUUGGAACUAACUGCAUCUGCAGAGUGCCUAAAAGCAAACUGGAAGUGGGGAGAAUAAUUGAGUGUACGCACUGUGGGUGCAGAGGCUGCUCUGGAUGAAGCACGUUUCUUUUCUUAUAAAGUAACUACCAUUUUGAGGGGCUCCUAAGUGGCUCGCUCCACCUCAAUGACUGUUCAUAAGAACCUGUGGUGAGUGGAUAUCCUUGGCACCCCAGCAACUCAGCAGCCUGAAUUGUAAAUGCAGUAGUGUGUGAAUGUCCAAUGUAACUUUCUGAUUUUAAAAUAAAGCCUUGCCUGUUUCCCCCAA